AUGAGCGAGCGGUCGCUACUCGCCCUUGCAACGAAUGUGACAUCUGCGUGCUCUAAAUUUCAAGCCGUGCUUGCGGAUGAGCCUCAGGCAGCCUCAGCACCUCAGCCUUCCGGCUGUCAGCACCCAAGCGUUCUUGCCCUGACGCAGCUGCUACGAGAACAUGAAGAGCUGCUUUCGCGACUAAGCAGCAGCAAUCAUAAUCAUAGCAACGAACAGCAUGUCGUUAGGACAGAUGAGCACAGGGACAUCGCAACCGUGGUGGCGAAGCGAGAGCGAGUUAUGGCGCAGGGCCUCAACGCGCUCGGGUCCAUCGCCGUGUCCAUGCGAGCAGUCUUGGAUGACGUGGGGGAACUAGUCCCACCGGACAAUCAAUACCUCCCAAGUGUUCAGGAGCUCCUCGUCUACGGCCAUCGGCUUCGCUACACUACCUUCGCCUCCAUGGGUCUCUACAGCGGCGAGCCUGCACCCCAACAACUGCACUUUGACCACGCAGCCCUGUGGGAGCGAGCCCUGGCAGAGCGCCACCAAGGCAUGGCGGGUGCUGCCGCCGCGGAGGCGGGUGCAGCGACCGCGCCUGUGGAGCCCCGCGCCGAGGCAGCCUGCCGUACACUGCUGGAGAACCUGGUAGCCGCGGGUUGGACACCGGAUGCCGGCUUCCCGGAGCCCGUGCUGGAGUUCCUGUCAGACAUGCCUGGAGCGAUGGAUGUUCUGCGGACGCUGGUGGAGCAGAGGUUCUUUGGUGGCGGCGGCGGCGCCGCCGCCUCUGGCGCGGCCGCAGCGCCGCUGCCACAGCUGCCAGCUCACGCGGAGCGUGCAGGUGUGGUGGCGGCGGCGGCGCCACCUCCCGCCAAUCCGUCUUCCCGUUUGGUCCGUGAGCUCAUGCUGGAUGAGGACAGCGAUGAGGGUGGUGGCAGCAGCAGCAGCGGUUUCACUAGCACGGAGGAUGAAGUGGAUUAG